AUGUCUCAAGUUGCUACUGAAAACCCACCACCAGCUUCAAAACCCCGCAAAUCAAUCGACUUGUGGCACUCAGUAAGGGACUGGCUUAACACAUCAUCAGCAAUCCAAGUUGCCACUGAAAUCGGGUUCAAAUCACCAGCAUUUGUAGAGGCACAUGCUAAGAAUCUAAGCAAAGAACACGAGCUCUUCCAAGCAAUCUUCUCCGCCAAUGUGUAUCUCGUGCCUUUAGACCACAAUCUUUUCGAUGAGAAAUCAGCCUCCGAGCGGCCAUUGGUUGCUCGGUUCUUGGACACGCAAUUGCCUUCAGAUACAGAGGGAUCUUUAUAUAUCCAUGAGUUGGAGAUAACCAACAAGACCAACACUAGUGUACCUAAGAAAGAUUUGGUAGUGAUACACGGCUACAUGGCAGCUUCUGGUUACUUUUUAAAAAAUGUGGAACAAUUAGCCUCUUCCUAUCCGAACAUGGUCGUUCAUGUGAUUGACUUGCCGGGAUUUGGCAAUUCCGCAAGACCGAAAUUCCCAAGCCAGCUCUUGAAAUUGCCUUCGAGCGCGAGUGUGCUGGAUGAAAUUAAUCAAAUCACUGGAGCUGAGGACUGGUUCAUUGACAAAUUGGAAUUGUGGCGAUUGGCUAAAGGGUUGAAACAAUUCGAUCUAAUUGGCCACUCAAUGGGUGCAUACCUAUCCAGUUGCUAUCUCAUGAAGUACAAUAAACAAUCAGAUGGUUCCCUUCUUGUCCAAAAAUUUGCUCUUGUCAGUCCAAUGGGCACGGAGCCCAGCGAGUUGAGCUUGAUUAAUAAAGGAGAUUUUCAAUUUGAUCACUCAGAGGUACAAAGCAAUCCUCUCAAAGAACUCUUGGCUGCGCAAGAUAAUGAACAUAAUGGUAUAAACCAAGAUUUUGUAAAGCUUUGGGAGAGGUUAGGUCGGCCAAAAUUCCCCAAUAAUGUGUUUCUCCGAACCAUCUGGCGAAAAAACAUUUCUCCAUUUCAAGUUCUUCAAUGGCUUGGACCUUUCUAUUCUAAAAUUUUAUCAUUAUGGUCAUUCCAACGUUUUCACAACCUUCAAAGCAACUCGAAAGAAGAACUGGCCGAUAAUACGGAACUUAUUUUGAAGUUGCACGACUAUUCAUUUUCAAUUUUCAACCAGUACCAGGCUUCUGGCGAACUCGCAAUUACUAAAUUCAUAAACCACGAAAUUUUGCCUCGCUUACCGCUCUCUGAAAGAGGCUUUGUUGAGUUCUUGAUUGACCACAAAAUUCAAACCAUCUGGCUUUAUGGUGAGAAUGAUUGGAUGAACUCGAAAGGUGGUCAAUACUGUGUCGAUAAGAUAGACAAGUUAGAACCACAACUCGCCACCUUCGAGACGAUUCCAAACGCGGGUCAUCAUCUAUAUCUAGACAAUUCGUCCGCUUUUAAUCAAACCGUUGAAAAGUUCUUUGGGUAUUCGAACAGAACUUAA